CUUUUAAAUGACUUCCGGUUCCGCCUCCGUGUGGAGGGUCAGAUGCGAGAAGAGGAUCCGUGUGAAAAUGGAAGGGGAUGCAGUUUCUCCAAACAUUUUUGGGCAAAGUAAAGCUGGAUAUGUCCUAAGUAAUGUUGCCGAGGUCGUGGAGAGGAUUUUGACAUUUGUCCCGACUAAAAAUCUCCUCCGGAUAGCAAGUGUGUGCAGGCUAUGGAGGAAUUGUGCACGCCGAGUCCUGAGGACGCAGCAGAGACUGACCUGGCUCUCAGCUUCUGGCUCAUCCAUAUACGAGGAGCAUGUUUUGCUUAGGACUAUGGCAGAAGACUUGGAGAAGAUCUAUCUGCUGCCCCAGACAGCUCUCUUAAUGGUGGAUGGAGAAAACUUCAGUUGGCCUUUUAGUUACACACACAAAAAGGCCAGGAAGUGUGAGGAUGAAGUAGAGUCAAACCCUGUUGAGAAGCUGCGACGCUUGCUGCCGAGCACUUGUGAUGUACUAGGCAUUGUCGCAUCAGGAAUUGUGGUGACCCCCAGUGGUUCACCCAGCAGCCCCCCAGAAGAGCACGAAGAUGGUGAAGCUGGCUUCAGUCUGCUUUUUCCUGCCAUGGAUGGGGUCACCAUCCGGCCUUUUCACUUCUGCAAAAAGAGCCUCAGUGAAUCGGCAAUGGAGGAAGCAGGGUUGAUCAAUAACCCUGAUCUAAAAGUGGUGCUGAUGUUUGACUACGAGACCUGGAAAGCUGGAGGGCGCUGCUUUCUUAAAAAGUUACUGGAACCUCUUUCUCAGAAUAAAGUACUUAUUGUUGGAGGACAAGUUGAGAGGACCUUUUCCAAUAACACAACCUGCUGUUCUCCAGGCUCUUUUGGGGCAGUAGGACUGACCUUCAGUGGCUCCAAGAUCCAGGGUGCCUCAGUGCUGGUGGACCAGGACGUAAGCAGCUCGAAAGCAGCAGAGGCCACUAUCCAGCGGCUGAAGGCUGCUAAUAUCCCAGAGAGAAACACCAUGGGCUUCAUGUUUGCCUGUGUGGGCCGUGGCCACAACAGCUACAAUAACGAGCGUAAUGUGGAGGCCAGCGCUUUCCGGAAGAUCUUCUCCAACAUUCCUCUCUUGGGAUUCUUUGGUAACGGGGAGAUCGGCUGCGACCGUAUUGUCAAAGAGAGCUACACCUUGAGCGAGACAGAUGCUGAGGGACUACAGCACUCUUUUACUACAGUCAUGAGUCUGGUGCAUUUUGGCUAACACAAACUCAACUCAAGGCAAAUGACUGGGAAUCCCCUUGUUAACGUGGUCUUUCAGGACAGAUGCUGACUGCUUGUUUAAGUUAACAGAGCAGGUCCGAUGGUAAGCAGGUAUAAUUCUCCUUGGUUCUUUCCUUUUGACUUUUUUUUUUUUCUUAAUCAGGAUGUCAUUGGGACAUUCAGCAUUAAAAAAAAAAAAUAACAAAAACAAUUUGGGAAGUGAAAACCUUGACCUUUUACUUCAGUUUAUACAUAAAACAUUUUCUUUAUGUGUAGAGCACAGCUUUAAAUUUGUCAAGCUUUCAGUUUUCUUGUGGGCUGUAUGGCUCUCCGAGGCCUUAUGAACAAAUAGAUUGUAAAAUUCAGGCACUUGCUAAAAAAAUAAUAAAUGAAAAGGUAAUUGUGAUAGAAUGGCUAAUGAUGUAGCCUUUCAUCAACAUUGGUACGGCUUAUGGGACUUCUUCACUUCAGAUAUGUGCUCCAGACUGGUUGCUGGCCUACAUUGAUUGUCCAAAUUACCAUGUCCAAUAGUAAGUGCAGGAAGGGUAUUCACAAUGAAAGACAUAUCUAGCCCUUCUCUGUAUACUGUUACAAUUGACUUGCUUGCAGUUUUUAGUGUCUAGAUUGGAGUAAUAAAGGACAAGCGGAAAAAGUGGUAUUUCUUUGUGAUAUAUCAGUGUAUUUACUCUGCCUGUCCCUAUCAAAAUCCAGUUUAAUUCCAACAGGGUAAUGCUCCAUUUCAAUAUUCAUCAGUUCAGUUCUGUUCACUAGCGAAAUAACACAUUUUGUUGAUCAGAGAUACGUGAAGUCUCAAAGGGCUGUUUGCCUGUGUUGUGGAGAUAUAUAUUUGCUGCAGUAUUUAGAAGGCUGAAUUAAACAGUUUUUUGCCAAAUCUUUUUUCCCCAACUUUGUUCGGAUCAUAUACAUAAUACUUUGCUUAAAGGAAAGUAAGUUUUACUACUCUUACAUCUGUUUUCAUGGCAAUGUGUUGGUUUUUCUUCAUCUGCUGCUGGGUCGUGCAGAUAUGAAGUCUGCAUGUAUAUAAUAAAAUCAAUGGUGUCAUCUGUC